AUGGCUGAAUCUACAUCGACAUUGCGUGAUCUGACGGCGGAGUUUCUUGAGACUGAGGCGGGCAUCAAGCUUGGGGGUGGUCCCAAGGCGAUCGAGCGGCAGCACGCGAAGGGGCGGUUGACGGCGCGGGAGCGGAUUGAUCUGUUGAUUGAUAAGGGGAGCUCGUUCCAGGAGCUUGGGUUGUGGGCGGCGUUCAAUAUGUACAAGGAAGCCGGGGGAGCGCCGGGGGCUGGGGUGGUGACGGGGAUCGGUGUUGUCGAGGGAGUUCGGCACAUGAUUAUCGCGAACGACGCGACGGUGAAGGCGGGCGCGUUCUUCCCGAUGACGUGCAAGAAGAUUAUCCGCGCGCAGACGAUGGCGCAGAUGGCGCGGCUGCCUUUGAUUUAUCUGGUGGACUCUGCUGGGGUGUUUCUUCCGAUGCAGGAGGAUGUGUUCCCGGACACGGAUGACUUUGGCCGGAUCUUCCGCAACAACGCGGUGAUGAGCGCGGAGGGGAUUCCGCAGAUCUCGGCGAUCAUGGGGUUUUGUGUCGCUGGGGGUGGGUAUCUGCCGGUGCUGUGCGACACGCUGCUGAUGACGGAGGGCUCUGGGCUGUAUCUUGCGGGUCAGGCGCUGGUGAAGGCGGCGAUCGGGCAGGAUGUGAGUGAUGAGGAACUGGGCGGGGCGCAGAUGCACGCGCAGAUUUCGGGGACGAUUGAUUUCCGCGAGCCGGAUGAUGAGUCGUGUAUCGAACGGCUGCGGUCGCUGGUCGCGAAGUAUCCGGAUCGUGCGGCCGUGGUUGAUGCGGCGGAACGCAAGCGGCAGCAUCCGCAUCGUGAUCCGGAGGACAUCUACAGCGUGUUCACGGAUAAGCCUGGUCAGCAGUACGAUGUGAAGGAGAUCAUCUCGUGCAUUGUGGAUACGGGUUCGCGCACGGUGGACGGUGAGCAGGUGCUGGCGCCGGACUUUGAUGAGUACAAAGAGGAGUACGGGCAGUCGCUGGUGUGCGGGUACGCGAAGAUCGGCGGGCACGCGUGCGGGAUUGUCGCGAAUCAGGCGAAGAUGAGCGAGCGGCAGUUGCCUGGUGGGAAGGCGGGUCCGAGCAAGUCGGUGAAUAUGCCGAAGGUCAUUUAUGACGACAGCGCGGACAAGGCGGCGCGGUUCAUCAUGGAUUGCAAUCAGCGGAAGAUCCCGAUUGUGUUCCUCCACGACACAACGGGGUUCAUGGUGGGGCGUGACAGCGAGCAGGGCGGGAUUAUCCGCAGCGGCGCCAAGAUGGUGAACGCGAUGAGCAACUGUGUGGUGCCGAAGAUUGUGGUGAUUCUGGGUGGGUCGUUUGGCGCGGGGAACUACGCGAUGUGCGGGCGGGCGUUUGAUCAGUUUGUUGCGAUGGCGUGGCCCGGCAGUAAAUGUGCCGUAAUGGGCGCGGGGUCGGCGACGGGGACGCUGGCGAUGAUCGAGGAACGGUCGAGGGCUCGCAAGGGCGAGGAGAUCGACGAGGCGACGCACAAGGCCAUUCUUGAUGCGGUCGCGGAUUCGUACAACGAGCAGCAGGAUAUCCGGCACGGCGCCGCUCGCGGGUGGGUGGAUCGGAUCAUCGAGCCCCACCAGACUCGCGAGGAGUUGAUCGCGUCGCUGGAUGCGGCGAAUCAGGGGUGGGAUUACUCGCGGGAUUUGAAGACGGGUGUACGGAUCACGGACGUGUCUCCUCGCGAUGGACUCCAAGCGGAGUCGGUGGUUGUGGAUGCAAUCAAGAAAGCGGAGCUUGUGCGGAAGGUAGAGGCGUCGGGGGUCGAUGAGGUUGAGGUGAGCAGCUUUGUGUCUCCUAAGUGGGUGCCUCAGCUCGGGGACGCGGCGGAGGUGUUUGAUCUGAUCGCGCCGACGAAGCGGGAUGGGGUGUGCUACUCGGCGCUGGUGCCGAACAUGAAGGGGUUUGAGGGGGCGCUUGCGGUCAAUCACGAUGCGCGGGAGAAGCACGGCGUUGAACGGCUGAUCGAUAAGGUUUCGGUGUUUACCGCGGCUUCCGAGGGGUUCUCGCUCAAGAACACGAACGCGACGAUUGAGGAAACGCUCGAGCGGUUUGCGCCGAUUAUUCCUGAGGCGCAUGCGCAGGGGUUGAUGGUGCGGGGGUACAUCUCUUGUAUUGUCAGGUGUCCGUUUGAUGGGGACAUCCCGGCGUCGCAGGUCGCGGAUGUUGCGGAGCGGUUGCUUGAGCUUGGGGUCGACGAGAUUGAUCUUGGGGACACGAUCGGGGCGGGGACUCCGGACUCGAUCGAGCAGGUGUUGAUUGAUGUGAUUGAUCGGCUCGAUGGGCGGGCGCUCAAUGACUUUGGUGAUCCGACCCUGACGCUGCACUUGCACGAUACGUUUGGGAAUGCUGGUGCGUGUAUUGAGCGGGCGCUGGAGGUUGGGGUGCGAUCGUUUGAUGGUUCGGCUGGGGGGCUUGGUGGGUGUCCGUAUGCAUCGACGGAGACGACGCGGGCGCCGGGGAAUGUUUCGACGCUUGAUGUGCUCGAUGCGGUCUCGGCAUCUGGGCUCAAGACUCGGGUGGAUCGGGACUUGAUGGUGCAGGCGUCGAUCUAUGCGGGGGGGUCGAUCGCGGUGCUUGGGAAUGGGAAGGUGUUUUGCGCGGGGUUUGAUCUCAAGGCGUGCGCGGCCGAUGAAUCGGGCGAGACGAUGCGGGGGUUGUUGACGGGGUUGUCGAGGUGCGUUGUUGCGAUGCGUGAAGCGGCGGUGCCUGUGGUGAUGGGUGUGCAUGGGUGCGCGAUCGCGGGUGGGUGCGCGAUGCUUGGGGGCGCGGAUGUGGUUGUUGCGGAUGAGGGGGCGUUGCUUGGGUAUCCGGUGGUGAAGAUCGGGGUGUCGCCUGCGGUGUCGGCGGCGUUUUUGAUGUCUUCGAUCCCGGCUGGGCCGGCGCGGGCAUUGAUGCUGGAUCCGGGGUUGAUCGACGCUCAGCGGGCGUUUGCGAUCGGGCUGGUGCAUGAGGUUGUUGCGGAUGCGGAGGCGGUACGCGAGCGGACGAUGGAGCUGGCGCGGUCGCUUGCGGCAAAGCCUGGCGAUGGAGUGCGGGAGACGAAGCGUUUAGUGAACUUGAUUACGAAGGGGACGAGUGAGCUUGGCGGGGAUGGAUUGCAGGCGUCGUUGUCGCGGGUGGGGAGUGAUGAGGAGCAGCGGGGCUCGGAGUGUUCCGUGUUGGUGAUUACGGGGGCGGGCAAGGCGUUUUGUGCGGGGAUGGAUUUGAAGGCCGUACUUGUUGAGUUGUCGGGGGAUGAGACGCUUGGGGGGCGUUUGCUGCGGAGUCUUGCGGAGCUGACGAUCAAGAUCCGUGAGCUCGGGAUGGUGACGGUGGCAAAGGUAAACGGGGCCGCGGUGGAUCUUGGGUUGUGUCCGGCGGUGAUCGCGCCUUGGGUGGUUGCGAAGAUGGGCGCGGGACGCGCUCGCGCGGCGAUGCUCAAGGGGGGGAUCAUGUCGGGCGCGGAGGCGGCGGCGGUUGGUUUGAUUGAUCAUCUCGCGGAGGAUCGCGAAGGGCUUGAUGCAUUGACAGAUGAGAUUGUCGAGCGGCUUGCGAGCGGCGGUGCGCAUGCGCUGGCGACCACGAAGGGGCUGCUGAACAAGAUUGAUGGUGUGGUCGAGGCGGGGAUGGUGCUUGAGGGGGCGAAGCUGAGCGCGCAAGUGCUUGGGACUGCUGAAGCGCAGGCGGCGUUAUCGGCCCGCAUGAAAUAG